UUGGACGACCUGUGGUUUUCCACUUCAAUAUAACUUCCCUUAACCCUCCGUCCGCUUAAUUCUACGUGCGUGUUUCUUUGUAUCGAGCAAAAAGAAUUAUGGAUAUUAUUUUUUGAGUUUUAUUUGAAAUAAAUAUUGUGUUCAUUUUGUGUAUUUCAAAGUCGAAUAUAACUUUUAAAAUAAAGUAUUGACUUUUUACGCGUACAAAUAUUAUCAAACGGAGUACAACCGGUAGUGAUUGCACUUCCUUGGUUAAACAUUAAAAAAGACUUGGUAGAUGUAAAAUUGCUGAUGCUGAAAAGAACCUUGUAGGUGCGGCAAAGAUAACAUUUUUCAUGACUAAUGAUGGAUUUGUCGGACACACUAAAAUGUCCAGUAUGUCUAGGGAAAUUUAUUCGUCCUAAACAACUUCCUUGUCAACAUAGUUUAUGUAACAAACCGUGCCUGGUGGAGAUAUUAAAGAGUUCAAGAAAUGGACAUUUCAGUUGUCCGGUAUGCAAGACAAAGCAUGCCUCUCCAUAUGGCGGAGCAGAUGAAGUCCCAAGGAGUCUAGUUCUUCAGCAACUACUUGAUGUCGCUGAGAAAAACAGAGAAACGGUGUCAUCAUCUAGACAAACGAAAGAAUAUUUAGCAAGUGACGAGGUCAAAGAAACAGAAAAUGGACAUUUAAGUGUUAACUUAUCAAGUGAAGAAGCGCCCGAUAUUGACUCAUCAUCUGUCUGCAACGUUUGCACAGAAAUAGACAGGCCAUGCAAUACAUGUUUUCACUGCGGGAAGAAAAUUUGCAAACAGUGUCACGAAAAACACAUGGAUCGUGUUCGAAAUGCAAUUCUUACAUACCAUGAUCAAAUACAAGUGGUCAAAACUCGGUUAGAAGAAAAGCAAAUUGCUACAAAUUAUAUUCUUAAUGAGAACGAGGAAGUUGCAUCAGAUUUGGAAAUAAAGAGACUGUUUGAACUAUUUGAUCAAAAGAGGCAUUACAUUGCUACCUACUUUGAAUCCGUACAAUCAAUAAUAGAGGGAAAUGCUGAUGAAAAUAAUCUAAUUGCUAUUAUGUUUCAAGGAGAAGAACACCUUACUGCCCUAUCAGAACUUGAGAUCAACCCAGCGAUGUAUAAAUUACAAACACAACUUGAGCGCCAAAGCACCCCAGCUGCGAAUUAUGAAAGUCGACAGCCGAGUAAUAAUUCGAGUAAAAAACAAGUUAAUCACAAUGUGUCCACAAACUCCGUUCCUGCUAAUCAUCUGGCAGUUGAUCGCCUUAACCCUGAGCUCCAAAAUAUCCCAGCUGCGAGUUUUGAAGAUCAACAGCCGACUAUUUAUAGGAGCAAUAUCGCCCCCGUUCUGCACCCGGGAGUUGCUUUCCCAAGCCGUCGCAACGAAAGAUCAGGACAACAGAGCAAUGAUUUGACCACUCAUGCAGGCAACGAAGGUCAAACACAACAUAGAGCCAUUAUUUUUCUGAAUCGAAACGACAACCGGCGCAAAGUUUUAUUUUCCGGAAUUGUUUUCGCUUUGUGUGCUCUGUUGCUUUUGAUACUUAUGAUACGAUUUCAAUCUUGAACAUGGUGGAAGUCAAGAGUGAGAGUUUGUGCACAGUAACUGGUUUAAACUUGACGUUUUUUUUUUCUUUCUUUUUUUCUGCUAGGUCUGCUUAACCAUUCCAAAUCGUGUCGACCUUUUAUAUGUUAGUCUAUUUCUUUUA